GGUGAUCAAAGCACAAGGGUUCAGUUGUGCCUUCGCCGACCCUGCCGUGGACUUGGGUCGCUUGACCUCUGCACAGCUAAUCCCAACCUUCCCCGGCGUAGUUAUACCAUCACCCGGUUUCCUGCCAUCAUUCACACCUUUCCUGCUUCUUGCUUCUUGCUUUCGCCCUACGUCUCUGCGCGCUUCGUGACUUUGUACCCAACCUUCACCUUCCUCUCCGCCUUCCUUCCUCUUGCUUCACUCGCGACUUCCCUGCCAAGACACCCUCCCCCACACCAGCAACAAAACGUAGCCCGCCAACCUUCAAGCCAUGCCACUUCAACAACAUACGCAACGGUAGUCAUCAUGGCGAGCAUGGUGGAUAACCACUUCCAUGGGUGGAACCCCGAAGCUCUUGCCGUCGUCAUCUGCUCCUCGCUCUCCAUCUACUCCGUCCUCGAGCUCAUGUUGACUCUGCUCCUGACCUUCCAAUCCUACCGAGGCCUCUACUUCUGGUCGCUGAUGAUUGCGAGUUUCGGCAUCAUACCAUACAGCAUCGGAUACACCAUGGAGUACUUCCGCCUCUACCAGGACACACUCGCCCUGGGCAUUGCCAUCGACACUACUGGAUGGAGCCUCAUGGUCACCGGCCAGGCCUUUGUCUUGUACAGCCGCUUGCAUAUAGUCUUCAGCAAGGGCUACAAGAAGCUCUUACGAACCAUCCUCGCCAUGAUCAUCUUCAAUGGUGUGUGUCUACAUGGCACUACUUCAUUGGUCGCCUUCAAAUCCAACCUCGGACCCAAGUCAUCCACCAAGGGCUGGGAGCGUGCUUACAACGUCGUCGAGCCUGUACAGAUGUCAAUCUUCGCCGCCCAGGAACUAGCCCUCAGCGGUCUCUACAUCUGGAAAGCCCUGGAUAUGCUCAUGACUUCGGAUCGAGUGCGUUCGCGUGGUGUCAUGCGCCAGCUCUUUUUCAUCAACGUCAUCAUCAUCUUGCUCGACAUUGGACUUCUCGCUACCGAGUUCGCUGGGAAGCAUGUCGUCCAGCAAACACUCAAGGGUGUCGUAUACAGCUUGAAGUUGAAACUUGAGCUCUCCAUUUUGAACAAGCUUGUCGAACUUUCGGCCUCGAACGUUCGCCGGCAUGCCGUUAUCAAUACAAACGAGUUCUUAGAUCCCUCCAAGACCAAAUGGGACGUCUCCAAUUUUGUCCCAGGCUUCUCAAAUGUUGCCGACAAACACCCACAAUGGAUUUCGGAUCUGGAGAAGUCUCGUGUUCGCGGCUCUUUGACAGAUAUUUUCUCCGAUCACAAGGACAGCAACAUCCAGGUCAGGGAAACCGAUGCCGACACGAUCAUGCCGAUCACGCCAUCUCAAGACAGGCCUCGCACACGUUCGCCAAGCCACCUGAUGUACGCAGAAGCCAUAAGGCGCAUCUCUAUGUCCAAUUAA